CUACGACUAUCGAUAAGUUUUAGUCGAUUAUGCAAUAAUAAAUAAACAAACCCUCAUCAAUAACCAACACCACAAAGAUUGUUGAUAUUCUUACAGCUCCUAUUUUAAAAUUCUCUAUACAUAUUUCAUAUUAUAGAAAUUUGUACUUAUUGGAGCUUCUCACUAACAAAAGUAAAUAAUGAUGAACGCUGUAAAUACAGAAAGUUGUCAAAAAAGGUGUUUUUUAUGUCGGAGGAAAAUCUUAUCUACGCAAAAUCAGAGACUCGUCGAUAGCAGUACAUGUCCCGCAUCAAAGAAAUCCUUUAGGGAUGUAUUAUCUUACUUGGCACGCCACGCGAAUUCUGAGCUAUAUAUUGGCUAUGGCGAAUCGGUAUGUGCAACAUGCCAUUUUGAUGUGGUGGAAUAUGACACUUAUCUUAUGAAAGCUUUAAAGAAGCAACGUGCCCUUCUUGAUUUAAUAGAAAAAGCAGUUUUGGGAGUUGAUUCUGAUUUUGAUAACGAAUUUGAAUCGGAUAUGAGCGCACUAGAUGAAUUGACCAACGACCAUUUCUUUGAUGAUGCUCAAAUUUCGGAUACUGAAAUUGCGCAAACCAUAGAUGAUGCUAUUGGAGAAAAAUCGGAGAUUCGUUCAACAAGUCCUUGUGGAUUAAAUAAAAGAAAUCGUGCGACUGGUACUAAGUGUGAUUUUUGCGCCAUGAGAUUUCAAACAAAAUCAGGGUUAAAAAAACAUAUAACAAAUGCACAUAAAAAAUUUAGCUGUGAAUUGUGUAAUUACAGUCAUCGUAAUGAAGACUACGUAUUGCUACAUAUGAACACGCAUGAUGGACGAAAUGAGAACCAAUGUCGUUUUUGUGACAAAGAAUUUUCAACAAAAAUUAGCACAAUUCGUCACAUGGAAGUACAUUUCAAUUCCAAAAAGUAUCAAUGUGAUAAGUGUGGCCUCUGCUUUUCACAAACAACCGUGUUAUACAAUCAUAAACUACAACACGAAGCUGAAGAACAACCACUUCAGUGUGAGGUUUGUUCACAAGUUUUUAAAACUAAGCGCACGUACCGUCAUCAUAUGAUAACACAUCGGGCGGACCGGCCUCGUUAUAAAUGUGAAUAUUGCACUAAAACAUUUACAGAAAAAUAUACUCUUAAAGUUCACAAACGAACGCAUCCUGAAGCAAUGAAUUCCAGCGACGUCGCACAAGGAAAGGAGCAGCAACAAGAUAUCCCACCAGAUAACGAACGAGCACAAACCCAGGAUAUAAAAUUCAAUUGUGUAAUUUGUGAUCAAAUAUUUACAGCUAAGGAUCAUCUAAAUAAACAUAUGGAGAAAGAACACGACGUUAUACUUAAAUCCUUAACGAUCAAUAAUUUUUCUGAAUUUGAUGUGGUCGAUGACGAGUCAAAGAAAGCUUGUCAUAUAUGCGGCCAAAUGUUUAGUGCCCAAGCAAAUUUAGACUAUCAUCUCAAAUAUGUUCACACGAGUACAUUUUAAAAAAAUAUAACAAUGGCUUAAUCAGUAAUUUUUUUAUAUUUAGAUUAGUAUUUCAUUGAUUUAUAUU